AUGGCUCAUCCUAAGAGCUUUGAAUUUGACCUGUACGCCAUACUGCGGGUCGAGAGCAGCGCCAGCGCGGCGGACAUCAAGACAGCAUACAGAGCGCUUUCCUUGAAAUAUCAUCCGGACAAGAAGGGCGACACGCCUGAGAACAACAAAAGCAGCAACAGUAACAAGAGGAAGGCCGAGUCGGGCGAUACUUGGGGGCAAGAUCAGAACGAAACCCAGGACGAGAAGCAAGAAGAGCCGGCACCGAAACGCCCCUCCUGGUGCGAGGGUAUCAUUGCACUGGUCGAGGACGAGAUCCGCUUCAUCAAUCGCGUCCUCGGCAUCAUCCGACUUGAUCUAAAGACCUUGAAGAAAUAUAUCAGUGAUUACGGACACGUUUACCAGCCCAACAACGCCUUCUGGAAGUCCCUCUUGGCCGAAGUCCACACUGCAUUCAAGGCUGUCAGGGACUCUAGAAAUGAAGUACGAAACCGGCUUAUAGACAUGAAGAGGGGCAUUGGUAUCGAGGGCAUGCUUCACCUUUCCGGCGACGUCAGCGCUCUACGUGCGGACGUCUUUCGCAUGUACUGCGCCUCGUGUGACGCUAGACAGAUUUUCCGAGCCCUAACCAACUUCGAUGGGGCAGGGCUUGAGAAGAUGCUGGGGUUCAUCAAGAUGCAGCUGGAGAUAUGGGCAAAGUCCAAGAACACGAAACAAUCAGUCUGA